AUGUUUGCUGCUGAGUUAAAGCGCUGUGAGUUUAAUGAUGUUCUAAAUUACACCAUUAGAGACAAACUUGUAUGUGGGUUGCGGAGUGAAGCUGCACAAAAGAGUCUAUUGACUGAAAGUAAUCUGAGCUUGGCAAAGGCCAUUGAAGUCUUCAUUGCCAUCUGGGAGAACCAGUUCUACUACCUGUUUGGUUUCCUCUUCCUGGUGUUCAUCAUCCUGGUGGUGUCAUGCUCCCAGAUUAGUAUCGUCAUGGUCUACUUCCAGCUCUGUGCAGAGGACUACCGAUGGUGGUGGAGGGCCUUCCUGGUAUCAGGGGGCUCAGCCUUCUACGUCCUUGUUUACGCCAUUUUCAACUUUGUCAACAAGCUGGACAUUGUGAAGUUUAUCCCUUCCCUGUUGUACUUUGGUUACACAGCUCUCAUGGUCCUGUCCUUCUGA